CUGAGGCAAAAGAGGAGCAGAGACCUAUCCAGGGUCACCACAAAGGUCACCGCAGAGCCAGGGCUAGAAGUCAGGACUUGUGAUGGUAGCCCAGUGUUCUUUCCCCAGCCCUCAGGGUUGCCAAAGCUCCCCGGGUCCUGGAUAGAGGGUCCCUCCCUGGGUAGAGCCUGGAAAAGGGAAGAUGAAGCUCAGCACUGUCCCCAUGGUCCCUGCAAGACCUCACGGGUCAGGCUGCAAGUGGAGCAGACCCCUCAACCUCUGGAUUUUAGGGCCACGGUACAGGAACUGUUGCCCCAGAUUCCGGCUCUUAGCUCGACCCCCGCAGGAAGGAAUUAGAGGUACCUGGCCAGGCUGAGUGGGCUGCUGCUUCUGAGCAGAUUACAAGGAGGAGCCGAGACAAGGACUCCUUUGUGGAGGCCAUGGCUUAGGGAGUCAGGUGAUCGCUCAGCACACAUGUAUGUGGGCAGUACCAGCCUCCCCGUGUGGGCAGGGGCACUGGCUAUAGGGUCUCAGUCCCACCAGUCCAGUGGCCAGAGCUUUACAAGGGAUCGUCUGACCAGACUGGAGCCCCACCUGUCCUGAGGUGGGGAAUGAGCUUGGUGUGCACCAGGCACAGAGACAUGGUUUGUAGCUGCAUCAGAACAAGUGGGGGAGGAUGGAGAUUCAAUCACUGCUUCAAAUAAAGUUUUAUUGAGCACCUGCUAUGAGAACAACACAGGAGCUUCCAUUUGGAGGAAGAAAGAGGCAGCAAGCAGCAGGACCCACGCCCACCUGCUGCAGCCCAGUGCCUGGCCAUGACCAUCACCUACUCCAGCCAAGUGGCCAAUGCCCGCCUGGGCUCCUUCUCCCGCCUCCUGCUGUGCUGGCGUGGCAGCAUCUACAAGCUGCUCUACAGAGAGUUCUUCAUCUUCCUGUUCUGCUACUACACCAUCCGUUUCAUUUACAGGCUGGCCCUCUCGGAGGAACAGCAGCUGCUGUUCGAGAAGCUGGCUUUGUACUGCGACAGCUACAUCCAGCUCAUCCCCGUUUCCUUCGUGCUGGGUUUCUACGUGACGCUGGUCGUGACCCGCUGGUGGAACCAGUACGAGAACCUGCCGUGGCCCGACCGCAUCAUGAGCCAGGUGUCCGGCUUCGUCGAGGGCAAGGACGAGCAAGGCCGGCUGCUGAGGCGCACGCUCAUCCGCUACGUCAACCUCGGCCACGUGCUCAUGCUGCGCAGCAUCAGCACCGCGGUCUACAAGCGCUUUCCCACUUUGCAACACUUAGUGCAGGCAGGCUUUAUGACCCACGCAGAAUACAAGCAGUUUGAAAAAUUGAGCUUGCCACACAAUAUGUUCUGGGUGCCCUGGGUGUGGUUUGCCAACCUGUCCACAAAGGCCUGGGUUACAGGUCGAAUCCGGGACCCUGUCCUGCUCCAGAGCCUGCUGAAUGAGAUGAGCACCUUGCGUACUCAGUGUGGACAGCUGUAUGGCUAUGACUGGAUCAGUAUCCCGCUGGUGUACACACAGGUGGUGACCGUGGCAGUGUACAGCUUCUUCCUGGCUUGCCUGGUUGGCCGGCAGUUUCUGAACCCGGCCAAGGCCUACCCGGGCCACGAGAUGGACCUUGUUGUGCCGGUCUUCACGUUCUUGCAGUUCUUCUUCUACAUGGGUUGGCUGAAGGUGGCAGAACAGCUCAUCAACCCUUUUGGAGAGGAUGAUGAUGAUUUUGAGACCAACUGGAUCAUCGACAGGCACUUGCAGGUGUCUCUGUUGUCUGUGGAUGAGAUGCACCAAGAUCUGCCCCCCCUAGAGCGGGACAUGUACUGGAAUGAGAUAGAACCCCACCCACCCUACACAGCUGCUGCUUCCCAGUUCCGCAGACCCUCCUUUUGGGGCUCCACAUUCAACAUCAGUCUGCAGAAAGAAGAGAUGGAGUUUCAGCCAAAUCAGGAGGACGAGGAGGACACUCACCAUGGUAUCCUUGGUCAUGAUCAUCAAGGUGUCAUUAGUCACCUCCUAGGGCUGCAAUCCCAUGACCACCACCCUCCCAGGACAAACUCCAAGACCAAACUACUAUGGUCCAAGAGGAAGCCCUACCUCCACGAGAGUCAACCCAGUAAAGACAAACAGAACCCUGGGGAACAGGAAGACACCAAGGCCUGGAAGCUCAAGGUGGUAGAUGUCUUCAGGGAUGCUCCACUCUACGAGAGGCCAGGCUACCACAGUGCCCCACAGACGCCCCUCAGUCGCACGCCCAUGGUCUUUCCAGAACUGUCAGCACCCUCUGGGCUACAUGGCAUCACAGGCACUGAUACAAAUGACCAAAGCCCAAAGCCUGGGACUUCUGGGGCCAAGAACCAUUUUGAAUCGCUCCCAGAUGAUGGGGCCUUGAGGGAGCACCCAGAAGUACAUCAUGCAAGGAAGAAAACUGUUGAGUUUAACCUGAAGGACAUACCAAAGAUCCCUGAAGGUCAUCUCAAAAGACAUUCGCAACGCUUGACAAGCAAUAUACACACAAUCCUCGAAGAUCCUGUAGAUCCCGCAGCUCCCCUUCACACCUUGGAAAACAGGUCUGUUCACCCAAACCAGGGUCAUGGCAUCCCUCUCCCUACCCCAGCUUCCCUUGCUCUGAGCAGCUUCCCAUGGUUUCAUUACUGUCAGAAUAGAAGUCCUGACUAGCUGGGAGUAUGCACAGGAACCCCGAAGUGUUGUGGGCGGGUGCUUAUACUCAGUUCAUCCAGGAGCUUGACGUCACCAGAAGACUUCUUUGGGAUUCACGGAAAGAAUAUGAAGUUACACUUACAAGGAUGCUGGGGGGCGGGUUGGCAGAUUAGGCCUAGAUGGGCCAGGGGUGGCUGAUAGAAUACUGUGAGGCUGAACCUGGGCUCUCCACUAUCACCAAGAACUUGACUUACUGCCCAGUUAGGAGGUGGCAAAUGAGCACUUUCCCAGAGGCCUUCAUGCUAGGACCCAAUCACUGGAAGAAAGGGUGCUGCCUUAUCCCAAGAACUGGCAGAUGGUAGUUUAUUGGGGGAAUAGAGGAGACAGGAUCCAAGGUCCAUGAGUUGUAUCUUACUGCUUUGGGGACCUCACUGAACUAUGUCCCAGUUUCAUGCUUCCUUAAGCUUCAAGUUGUUACCAACCCACGAUACUUCCCUUUAUUCUAGAUUUUAAUAUUUUUGCCCAAUUAGAAACAUCCUACUCCAGCCUCAAUCACACGAAGAGGAAGUCUAGCUUCCCAUUUCUAUAUUCUCAAGCAGUUUCUUUCAUGGUUAGAACACCCAGCUUUAUUGAAAACCCCCAAAAAGGGGGGGGGGGGAUAAGGCAACAAUUUUGGCCUUGCUUCUAGGGGUAUAUAGGGGAUUUUUAUAAAUCAUCUGUGGCUUAAAAUUUAGUCUUACGUACCUUCCAUACUCAUCAACUUUCUCAAUUUUUCAAUAGGGAUGAACUAUAUUCCUAGCUUAUCUCCCAAGGGGGAUGCCUCACAGCCUGGUCCUCACCUGCCUGUAAUCAGCGGGACACUGAUCCAGUCAUGCCCACACAGUUGUCCACAUUAGAGUAUGUUCCCAUGACAGCCAGAUUUAAAUGGCUGGCUUAAUGGACAAGUAACUAGUCCAGGACUACUACAGCCUUUAAUACAUUAAAAACUGUAUAAACUAGGGGCUGGGGAUGUGGCUCAAGUGGUAGCGUGCUUGCCUGGCAUGCAUGCGGCCGGGUUCGAUCCUCAGCACAAAGAUGUUGUGACUGCCGAAAACUAAGAAAUAAAUAUUAAAAAAUGUAUAAACUAGAAUGAACCACUGGAAACAUGUAAUUCAAAACCAUGAGUCCUCAGUCCUAUUUGAAUUCAACACACCCACACCUUGUUAUCUUUCCUCAACUAAGGAGUCUAAUAAAUACAAGAAUUCUUCUAA